UUGCUGGGCUGCAGAGCCGGCGUGCGCCUCCCUGGGCUCCAAGCCCGGGCCGCGGGGAGAGGGGUGGAAGAUGUCCAUGGAUGUGACAUUUCUGGGGACAGGCGCAGCCUACCCAUCCCCGACCAGGGGAGCCUCUGCCGUGGUCCUUCGGUGUGAGGGCGAGUGCUGGCUCUUUGACUGCGGGGAGGGAACACAGACACAGCUUAUGAAAAGCCAACUUAAAGCAGGGAGGAUCACCAAGAUCUUCAUCACACAUCUUCAUGGAGACCAUCUCUUUGGCCUUCCUGGCCUCCUGUGCACAAUCAGCCUGCAGAGCGGCCCCACGGUCCCCAAGCAGCCUAUUGAGAUCUUUGGCCCUGUAGGGCUGCGGGACUUCAUAUGGCGGACCAUGCAGCUCUCUCACACAGAGUUGGUCUUCCCCUAUGUGGUCCAUGAGCUGGUGCCCACAGCAGAUCAGUGUCCGGCAGAGGCACUGAGAGAGCUGGCAGACAUGGACAAAGCAGACAGCCCUGCUGCCCAGGGACAAGGACGAACCAUCCUCUUGGACUCCGAGGAAGAUGCGUACCUUCUGGUUGAUGAGGAGCAGUUUGUCGUCAAAGCAUUUCGCCUCUUCCACAGAAUUCCUGCCUUUGGGUUUUCAGUUAUGGAAAAGAAAGGCCCAGGUAAACUCAAUGCACAGAAACUGAAAGAUCUUGGUGUUCCGCCAGGUCCUGCCUAUGGGAAGCUGAAAAAUGGAAUUUCGGUUGUUCUAGAAAAUGGAGUUACAGUUUCUCCCCAAGAUGUUCUCAAAAAGCCUAUCAGUGGGAGAAAGAUCUGCAUCCUGGGUGACUGUUCCGGGGUGGUGGGUGAGGGGGGUGUGAAGCUGUGCUUUGAGGCGGACCUGUUGAUCCACGAGGCCACCCUGAACGACGCCCAGAUGGACAAAGCCAAGGAGCAUGGCCACAGCACGCCUCAGAUGGCGGCGACCUUUGCCAAGCUGUGCCGUGCAAAGAGGCUGGUUUUGACUCAUUUCAGUCAGAGGUACAAACCAACCUCUUUGGCCCGAGAAGGAGAACCAGAUGGCACCAUGGAGUUGAAGAGGCAAGCUGAAGCCGUGCUGGAGCUGCAGGAAGUGACUCUGGCAGAAGAUUUUAUGGUGAUCAGCAUUCCAAUCAAGAAAUGAAACCUGAGCGCAUACUGGCAUAUCUGUGACAUAAUUACUGAACACAGUCCAGCUUGCAUUGUUGUUUUUUUCAUCUGAAGUUCUUUGGGUCCUGGUAAUCCUUGAAAGGAUAGAGCUGCAUUGCUGAGUUGACUCAGUCACGGCAGGGAGCAAGCUUUUUAUAAUAAAUCAUUUUGAAAGAAAGAGCCCAGCUUCAUUUUUCAAGUGUAAGUUUUUCAAAAUGAUAGACUGUUUGGGUCCACAUCUCAUCAAGUGGCCUCUGCUACAGACAAAAGCCAGGACCCCAUACCAUCCUGGGCUUUGCUUCAGCCCAGCUUUCUUGCUGUUAUUGGCAAGGUGCACUGGGCUUGGCUCUCCCAGCUCAAAGUGGUAUUUUGGCAGCCUGUGCUGAAACUGUUCGUGUUAUUAACAGAAUAGAAAGAAAUGUAGUGAGAUAUUGUACAUGAAAGAUUAAAACUUGUAUAAUGAUGGCGUUGCUGGAAUACUGCAGGCAGGGUCAAUUUGGGUGUAUAUAUUAGUAUUUUAC